AUGACUGCUACCGUGUCCCGGUGGACGGACGUGGAGCCUGGCGGUGCUCUCCACUCCCUCGCAGCUUUCCUUGCCUUCUUUCAUGUCUUUCUUAAUUCGGCCGAAGAAUCUUUUCGUUGUUUCACGCUCGAGGUCAAAGAUAGCUUCUUUUUAAUCGUUGACAGCUGUGGCUGGAGCACCUGCAUAAAUUCCACCCUUACCCUAUUUUCUUUAUACCUGCUUUUAUCCAUGACACCUGUCUCCAAUCUCAGCAGCGCAGCAAGAUUCCCUCUUUUGUCCUUUCAUAUUGCGUGCUCUCUUGUUGCUUAUGUCUUAGUCCUCUAUUAUCCUGUCUUCUAG